AUGUCGAGUUGCAAAUUCUCGAUCGUCAAACACAAGAUCCCGUGUCAAUAUAUACGAGAAUACCCACAUGCACUGGCCGAGUCCGAACAAGACACAUUAUAUCUGUCAGUCAAUCAAUACGUUCCUCGCAAUAAUCCCAAUCCACAGCCUGGUGAUGUGACCAUCGUUGCCGCACACGCCAAUGGGAUUCCCAAAGAACUAUACGAGCCUCUAUGGGACGACCUAUUAGCCGAAAGCGAGGCGAAGCAGAACGACAGGGCAGGAAAUCGUUUCCGAAUUCGAAGCAUCUGGAUCGCCGACGUAGCUAGUCAAGGCGAGUCAAGCCACAUCAACCAAGCCCUUCUCGGCAACGAUCCAUCAUGGAGCGACCAUGCGAGGGAUCUAUUACAUAUGAUCAACUUGAAACGAAGUGAAAUGCCACCUCCUCUAGUGGGCAUCGGCCACAGCUUCGGUGGCGCUCAAAUGGUCGACCUGUCACUCAUUCACCCACGUUUACUAUCCACUGUGAUUCUACUAGAUCCAGUGAUUCAAAUGCGCACGUCAGAAAUCGAUCCCAAUGCCUUACAAGGUCCAGUGGUUUCAUCUACCUGGAGGAGAGAUGUUUGGGAAAGUCGAGAAGUGGCGGCCGCGUCGUUUCGAAAGAGUAAAUUUUAUCAAGCUUGGGAUUGCAGGGUAUUGGAUUUAUGGAUUAAACAUGGGUUGCGUGAAGUUGAAGAGGAGGAGGAGAACCAUCACCAGAAGUCAGAAAAGGAAUCAUCUCCAACUCCCAAACCCAAACCCAAACCCAAACCAGUCACACUAUCAACAUCAAUCGCGCAAGAAGUCUGGGUUUUCCUGCGUCCCAACUACGGUGGCUCCGGUGAAAAAGGCCAUCCCAUCAACCGCAUCACCCACGCCGACGUCCAUCCAGACGCACCCAUCAACUACCCCUUCUACCGACCCGAACCAGCACGAAUAUUCAAAUCAUUACCGCAUCUCCGACCGAGUGCGUUAUACCUGUUAGCGACAGAUAGUUACGUCUCCGGAGUGGACCCAACCUUCGAUCGGCAGAAGAUCCAAAGUACGGGAACUGGUGUCGGUGGAUCAGGCGGUGUGGAACAAGGACGGGUCAAAGCAGUGGAGAUGAAGAAUACAGGACAUAUGAUUCCUUUGGAGCGGCCGACUCAGACGGCGAGAUUGGUGGCCGAGUGGGUUGGAAUCGAAGUGGGGAGGUGGAAGGACAGUCAGGAGGAGUGGAAUAGCAUGUGGAAAGCGAAGUCGUUGAAGGAGAAACAGAGUCUGGAUUCGACUUGGAAGGACUGGAUGGGUGGGAGGCCGGGGGCAAAGAGAUCGGUGAUACAGCAGAAGGGGGAGAAAGCGAAGAUAUAG